CCAUGGGGUAGGCGGGGAAACGGAAGUGGGCGGUGCUCAGGCUGCCUGGGAAAUGUCAGCCUCUUGACUGGGGACGGGUUUUCCUUACGGCGGAGCCUGCGGGCCUUCUAGUGAUCGUCACCGCCGUCGCCUCGGAGAGUGGGUCCCAGAUCCUGGACGAUUGCGGCCGACGCGGAGUUUCCCGGUCCUUCCAGACACUGUCUGGCGAGAUCGGACCGUGAGCCCGAUGGGGAGAGCGUGAGGCACUGUGGGGUCGAGGGUCUGAGGCCGAGAGCAAGCGGAGAUCGAGAGGACCACGGAGACCCCGAGCACCCGCCGCCACGGGCCUAACUAAGUUCCCGGUCACGGAGAGGAGGUGGUAGCCCGGCCCGCUGGCCAGAUAUGAUCCAGACCUGCUCAUGAAUGACUUUUGGUUAGUCAGAGUGAACAUUCAAUAAUGAGUGGUGCAGCUUUGGGACUCGAGAUUGUUUUUGUCUUUUUUCUGGCAUUAUUCCUACUUCAUCGAUAUGGAGACUUUAAGAAACAGCAUAGACUUGUAAUUAUUGGAACACUGCUAGCUUGGUAUCUCUGCUUUCUUAUCGUCUUCAUACUGCCUCUGGAUGUUAGUACGACAAUAUACAACCGGUGUAAGCAUGCAGCCGCAAACUCAAGCCCUACCGAGAACAGCAACAUUACAGGAUUCCACGCAACUGCUACCCCAGUUCCAAGCCAACAUCCAUGUUUCAAGCCAUGGAGUUACAUUCCUGAUGGAAUCAUGCCAAUUUUCUGGAGGGUAGUAUAUUGGACAUCACAAUUUUUAACAUGGAUUCUGUUACCUUUUAUGCAGUCCUAUGCAAGAUCAGGAGGGUUUUCCAUCACUGGGAAGAUCAAAACUGCACUGAUUGAGAAUGCAAUCUAUUAUGGCACCUACUUGCUGAUUUUUGGAGCAUUUUUAAUAUAUGUAGCUGUAAACCCACAUUUGCACUUAGAAUGGAACCAGCUUCAGACAAUUGGAAUAGCUGCAGCAAAUACAUGGGGCCUGUUUCUCCUCGUGUUGUUAUUGGGAUAUGGUUUGGUAGAAAUUCCUCGGUCGUACUGGAAUGGAGCAAAAAGAGGUUAUCUACUUAUGAAGACAUAUUUUAAGGCAGCCAAACUGAUGACAGAAAAAGCAGAUGCAGAAGAGACUUUAGAAGAUGUCAUGGAGGAGGUUCGUAAAGUGAAUGAAAGCAUCAAGUAUAACCACCCAUUGAGAAAAUGCAUUGACACGAUACUUAAAAAGUGUCCUACAGAGUAUCAGGAAAAAAUGGGUAGGAACAUGGAUGAUUAUGAAGAUUUUGAUGAAAAGCAUAAUACCUACCCAAGUGAAAAAAGUCUGGUAAAACUACAUAAACAGGUGAUUUAUUCAGUUCAGAGACACCGUCGAACUCAAGUACAAUGGCAGAUUCUUUUGGAACAAGCAUUUUAUCUCGAAGAUGUAGCAAAAAAUGAAACUAGUGCUACUCGUCAGUUUGUUCACACCUUUCAGUCACCAGAGCCAGAAAAUAAAUUUCUCCAAUAUUUUUAUAAUCCUACAGUUGAAUGGUACUGGGAAUGUCUUUUGAGACCGUGGUUUUAUAGGAUACUUGCUGUGGUUUUGUCCAUCUUCUCUGUGAUUGUUGUGUGGUCAGAAUGCACAUUCUUUAGCACUACACCUGUCUUAUCCCUCUUCGCAGUCUUCAUACAGCUGGCUGAGAAAACAUACAAUUAUAUUUAUAUAGAGAUUGCUUGUUUCCUGAGUAUCUUCUUUCUGAGUAUCUGUGUUUAUUCUACUGUGUUCAGGAUUCGUGUCUUUAACUAUUAUUACUUGGCUUCACAUCACCAGACUGAUGCUUACAGCCUUCUCUUCAGUGGCAUGUUAUUUUGCCGUUUGACUCCUCCUUUAUGUCUUAAUUUCUUGGGUUUGACCCAUAUGGAUUCGUCCAUCUCUCACCAGAAUACUCAGCCAACUGCUUAUACAUCUAUUAUGGGUUCCAUGAAAGUUUUAUCCUUUAUUGCAGAUGGAUUCUACAUAUAUUAUCCUAUGUUGGUGGUUAUUCUCUGCAUUGCUACUUACUUUAGUUUGGGAACGCGUUGUUUGAAUCUGCUUGGUUUCCAGCAGUUCAUGGGAGAUAAUGACAUGACAUCAGACUUGGUUGAUGAAGGAAAAGAAUUAAUCAGACGAGAGAAGAGAAAAAGGCAAAGGCAAGAAGAAGGUGAAAAUCGAAGAAGAGAAUGGAAAGAACGUUAUGGACACAAUAGAGAAGACUCCACUAGAAACAGAAAUGUUCAUGUUGACCCGAAAGAAUCAAACCUCUCAGAUAUUAGUACCAACCGAUCAGCAUCCAAAUAUACCAGGGCUAAUAACAGGACGGAAAGGGACCGAAUAGAGCUCCUCCAAGAUGUAGAACCUUUGGAUUUUAAUGCAGAAACAUUCACUGAUGAUCCUCUUGAAUCUGAACCAGGAAGAUCAUUUCUUUAUCCACCUUUCAGGUAUCAGCCUGGUGGACGAUACCUCUCGAUGUCUCACAGCAGAAUAUUCGAUGAUGUUUAAAGUCUGAAAGAAUUUAUGGAACAACUAACCAAGAUCAACACAUCAGUUCAGUCUUUACGAACAUAUGUAUGCCCUAGAAUUUACACUGUACUCUUAAUGAAAAGUGUCAGGACAAAAAUGGCACUGAAAGUAAUCUCAGUAAUCAUAGUUUAUUGCCUAUUGAUUAGAGUGUCAUCUUUUCUCAUAGGAUUUAUUACCAUUCCUGAAGUGUCUGCCUUAGAAGUACAGGUGUAAUGGAAGGAUUCAGUUCAUGAUAGAAAUCAGUAUAUGUUGAGAAUAUGUAGUUCAGUUUGUUUCAGGUUAAUUUUUUUCAGGAAAGUUGUUUUAAAGGUCCAGGAAAGCCAUAAGUCAUGACUAAAUAACAUCAUACGUCUUAUUGUUGUGAUUUACAUUUUUGCUGUUUCUAAAGAAUAUGUUAAUCCUGUAUUUCCCAAAGAGAUGGAAACCACAAAUAAUAAUGGUAUUUUCAAAACCCAUGUCUUAAAACAAGGCUUACUUACCAGACAUAACUGAAUGUAGAAAGCUCUUUUUCACCUCUAUAUGCAAAUUUUGGGGGUUUUUGCAUGUGUAAUUAAGAUGAUACUUCAACUGACAGUGUUAGUAUCUUCAGCAUGUGUACUAUAAUCAGGUGAUGUAUUCUUUCAGUCUUUGGUAGAAACUGGAAAUUAUUUUACGCUUUUGGUAUUGCUUUGUAAAAGAUUUUCAUUUCAGGGAGAAAUGUUCACCUUUAUCAUUUAGCAUAUUGACUUACGUGUUGAUCUUUCCACUCAAGGAAAAUCUGAAGCAUUAAUGGUAAAUAGCAGGUGGUUUUUUUUUUAAAAGCCAAAGAGUCCCAUAAAAAUUCUCUAAUUUUUAAA